AUGCCUGCCGCGCUCCAGGAUCAUGGUUGUCGCCGCUACCCACUACGUGUAUCUGGUGUCAAGAGUCAUCUGAAUGAUCCGAUCUCCAGGCGGCACCUAGUCUUCGCUGUUGGCGUUGCUGUCGCUGAAGAUGGCUCACAGGGUUGGCUGCGCUACGCUCCAAUACCGGACGGGCCUGCCGCGCAGUCAGUACCCUCCGCGAUCAUCGCACUGAACAGCACAAAAGUGAGCCCCGUGUUCACCGCCGGCCAAGAGCUUCAGAAAGGAGUGGGAGGUAUUAUUGGAAGGAAGCUCAACGUCAGCGCAAGUGCGACCCAGAGUCAUUCAGCAAUCAUCGUGGGGACUAAAGACGCGUAUACGGCAGCAUACGGCAACAUCGAUGAAUGCAAGGAUCUGGAUGUUGAUGGCUUUUUCCUCAGCACAACUACUCCAGGAAAAGUCAUCAUCGUAGGACAGAAUGAGCGAGGCGCUCUCUACGGCGCAUUCGAAUACCUCUCUCAGCUCGCGCAAAAUAAUGUCACAUCCGGCUCCACAGUAUACAACCCGCAGGUACCCAUUCGAUGGACAAACGAGUGGGACAACAUGGACGGUAGCAUCGAGCGCGGUUACGCUGGCCCUUCGCUCUUUUUCCGAGACGGUUUCGUGGUAGACAACACUACGCGGGUCGCUGAGUAUGCGCGUAUACUCGCGUCAAUCCGCGUCAACGGUGCGAUCAUCAACAACGUCAAUGCGAACGCCACCUUGCUCAAUGACCGCAAUGUGGAGGGUCUUGGCAGGCUUGCUGAUGCGAUGAGGCCAUACGGAGUACAACUUGGCAUAUCGCUCAACUUCGCAUCUCCAAACGCUACACUAGGCACAUUUGAUCCGUUAGACCCUAGGGUAGACGCAUGGUGGGCAAACAUCACGAACCAGAUCUAUUCCAAGGUUCCGGACAUGGCAGGUUACCUUGUCAAAGCCAACAGUGAGGGCCAGCCAGGCCCAUUGACGUACAACCGAACACUUGCAGAUGGCGCCAACAUGUUUGCAAGGGCAGCCAAACCACACGGUGGCGUGGUGAUGUUCCGUGCUUUCGUAUAUGAUAACCACAUCAACGAAACAAACUGGUAUAACGACAGGGCGAAUGCGCAGUUAGAAUUCUUCCAACAUCUCGACGGGAAGUUUGACGACAACGUCGUUGUUCAGAUAAAGUUUGGACCAAUCGACUUCCAGGUCCGGGAGCCAGCAUCGCCAUUAUUCGGAUCUCUGCGCCAAACGAGCACAGCCAUCGAACUCCAGAUCACACCCGAGUACCUUGGUCAAAACUGUCACUUAGUUUACCUUGCGCCGCAAUGGAAAGAGAUACUAGAGUUUGAUAUGAGGGCUGAGAAUCGGUCAUCCAAGGUCAAAGACAUCAUCACUGGCAAGCGUUUCAAGCGACCUUUAGGUGGCUACGCAGGUGUAACAGGAGUGGGAUCUAAUGCGACAUGGCUGGGCUCACAUCUAGCAAUGUCUAACCUGUAUGCUUACGGACGACUAGCCUGGGAUGCCUCGGUCGACUCGGAAACUAUCCUGCAAGACUGGAUCCGAUUGACGUUUGGAUUUGAUCAGGAUGUUCUCGACACUAUCACGGACAUGUCCAUGAGGUCGUGGCCGGCAUACGAAAACUACAGCGGCAAUCUCGGCAUCCAGACGCUGACAGAUAUUUUGUACACACACUUUGGACCCAAUCCAGCAUCGCAGGACGGUAACGGGUGGGGUCAAUGGACACGCGCCGAUGCAUUCAGCAUCGGAAUGGAUCGUACUGUGAAGAAUGGUACUGGCAACGCCGGACAAUACCCGCCCGAGAUCGCCCAAAUCUAUGAGAACAUAGAGUCGACGCCGGACAACUUGCUGCUCUGGUUCCAUCACGUACCAUAUACGCAGCGAUUGAAGUCUAACAAGACUGUCAUUCAGCAUUUCUACGAUGCGCAUUAUGAAGGUGCCGCUACCGCUCAAGAAUUCGUCAGACAGUGGGAAUCCUUAGAGGGUAAAAUCGACGAUGAGCGAUACGAACAUGUGCUGUUUAGGCAGAUCUUCCAAGCUGGCCAUUCCCUUGUGUGGCGCGAUGCGAUCAAUGAGUUCUACCACAACCUCUCGCAAAUACCGGACGAGAACAAGCGUGUUGGCUUUCAUCCAUACCGUAUUGAGGCGGAAGACAUGAUGCUUGACGGUUUCAAGACCUACGCCGUAAGCCCAUUUGAGACCGCAUCCGGCUAUACGGCUAUCGUCACCACAUCAAACUCAACGACGGGCAUCGCGACGGCCAACGUCACAUUCGCAUCGGGAACAUACGAUGUCGCUGUCAACUACUACGAUUUGAUUGGAGGUAAAGCGAAAUAUGAACUGAAGCUUGGCGAUCGUACUGUUGGUGCAUGGACUGGGGAUCUCGAGGACAAACUGGGACAUGCGCCGUCCAUUUAUCUUGACGGGCACUCGGCGACACGCGUAACGUUCAGAAAUGUCGAGGUUCGGCAAGGGGACGAAGUGCGGCUGACAGGCCAAGCUAAUGGCAUUGAGCCCGCACCGAUCGAUUAUCUCUCUUUCUUGCCACCUGGCAUUGUCAUUCCGGACAUCAGCGGUUUUGCCCGCAAAUUCCGCGAUGCGCGUCACGACUUGAACAUCAUUAAUAGUGAUCUGCUGGUGAUCAGGACCGGCCUUGGUAUUGCGCAAGACGACUUUUCAGCUAAGUGGUCCCAGUUACCGGCGUCCCUCGUUGAUGCUGUAUCACGAGUGCUGGACUCAUGCGAUGACACCAGUGAGCGAUUGCAUAAAGCUUUUCUCAAGCUUUCGUGUAGUAGCAAACCAAAGGAUGAUUGGCAGGUGCUGAAGGACGGACCCUUGGUAAACCUGCGGCAUGAUCUUGAUGCAUCCAAGGUGGUACUAGAGCUGAGUCUGGAUUAUGUCGCACUAUUUGGCCAACAAGAUACGCUGGAUUCCUUACUUCAAAACUAUGUCAGCGAUCUCAUUACGCAGAGUGAUGAGCUACUAAAGAGAACGGAUACAGAUGAGAUUUACGUGAAUCAAACAGCACGCGAUAGGCUGUCUUCACUACUUCAGGCUGUUCGUCUGCUUCGUUCAUGUAUCACAGCCAUAUCACGGGAAGGUGCGCCAUCAGCAUCACAACUAGCAAAAAGGACAACUCUUCCUCGACCAGACUCCCUGGAGCCUGUUCUUGGUGAAACGCCCCGAAGCGGGAGGAAAAGCCCUAACGAGAUCUCAACACGAACCAGCGCGAAUGACGGCAUCGGGACCUGGCUCGCUAAUGUUCCCUCCUUUGAAGACGCUCAACCUCUCUCGUAUUCUGCAAUCGAACAGACAUCCGUUCCAAGGCGACUUCUGAUACCGCCAUCGCGGAACGACAUGACUCCGUCGCGCGGCACAUUCUACACUGACGAUGGGGCGGCAUCCAGCCCUACCCUGGUACCGCCAGAAUCACGACUUAAGAAGUCCUACAGCUGGUGCACUGAUCUUUCGGGAAAGGCGAGCACUCGAUUGCAACUUGCAUCCAGGCACGCAUCGAAACAAGUGUCAAAGUACACAUCAACGAUAUCUAGCUCGGACGUCUCCAUCUUUCAGAAGCAAAUUACCUCGGACAGGAUAGCUGUAACAAAGAGCAAGAGAAAAGAGUUGGAACCGAACCAAAGGGCAGCUGUAGAUCGGAUUUUGGCAAACAUACCAGCGGAAGCGACGGUCACUGAGGUGGAAAGAGUUAUCUGGGAAGGUGCGAACCCGAUGGCGACGCAUCCAGAAUUUGGGUACUUCUUCAUCCGAGCAGCGUACGAGAUGUCGCCUGAUAUUCUCACUCUCCUUAUGGAUUUCGGGGCCGACAUUACACGCAAUAAUCCCGCACCCUCGUCAUAUUACUCUGCCAUGCACGCUGCAACCCUAGGACGACAGCUUGGCACCGUCCGCUACCUUGCUUCUUUGGGUCACUCAAUUGACAACCCCGAUUACAGCGGAGAGACACCUCUCCAUCUUGCUUGCAGGACGCCCGGCGCGUCUGCGAUAGCAAAAUACCUCGUUGAAGCUGGCGUUGACGUGAAUUUUGAAGCGAAGAAUGGACGGACACCACUACAGUCCGCCCUCAAAGCGGCGAGGUUAGAGGGUAAAGAGAGAAGCAUGUUGAUCGAGCUUUUGCUUGCACACGGGGCAGAGGGCGAAGUGAAAAGGGAUCUGGACUGUGGGAGAGGUAAUGAAAAGGGGAGACAUGUGCUUGGUUUAACAUGA